AUGCGCAGAGCGGUGAGAAAGUUCCUAGUAGACAGUAAAGUUUUGGAGAAGGGCGGAGGAGGGGAGAAAAGUCAAGAAAAAUCCAGAACUUGUGAAAUGGCUUUUCGGAGGAGGAAUAAAAGCUACCCGUUUUUCAGCCAAGAGUUUCUCAUUCAGAACCAUGCAGACAUCGUCUUCAGUCUGGUCAUCUUCAUCUUAAUUGGGCUGAUGUUUGAGGCCACGGCAAAAACAGCUAUUCUCUUCAUUCAGCCGCAGUACAACAUUAGCACCCUGACCCCAGAUGGAGAAGUGUCUCUGUAUCAUUAUGGGUGGAAAGACUGUGCCACUGUCUUGUUUUAUCUCUUCAUUACUAUCAUCCUCCAUGCAGUAGUUCAAGAGUACAUACUAGAUAAAGUAAACAGACGUCUUCAUCUGUCCAAGAGUAAAAAUACAAAGUUUAAUGAGUCUGGCCAGCUGUGUGUGUUCUACCUGGUCUCCAGCUUUUGGAGCUUGUACAUCCUCGCCACUGAAGGCUACCUUUUGCAUCCCAGCAGCCUAUGGGAGAACUAUCCUCAUUCACACCUGAGGUUUCAGGUGAAGUUUUUCUAUCUCACUCAGCUGGCCUACUGGUUUCAUGCCCUGCCUGAGCUCUACUUCCAGAAAGUGCGCAAGGAGGAGAUUCCUCGUCAGCUGCAGUAUAUUGGUUUGUACCUGUCUCAUAUCCUGGCAGCGUACCUGUUAAAUUUCACCCGUGUGGGGUUGGUGCUGCUGUUCCUCCAGUAUCUGUCUGAGAUGGGUUUCCAUCUCUCCAGACUCUUCUACUUCAUUGAUGAGACACAUCAUAAAAUGUUUGAUAUGUGGUCAGUAGGAUUUGUCCUGACCCGUAUGGUGAUACUAACAGUGAUGUUCUUGGCUGUGGGCUUUGGUUUGGCGCGGUCAGAAAACCAGAUGCUUGACUGGGAGAUGGGCAACUUCAACACACUUUCUAUCAGACUGCUGGUUUUGCUUCUAGUGUGCUCAACCCAGUCUUGGCUGCUGUGGAAGUUUUUCCGUUUCCAGCUGAGACGCACGCGGGAGUACAGGCUGGAACAAGCCCGGAAAAGAGCCGCUGCCAAGCAACAAACUCCACGUGCACCGAAGAGAGACUCAGUUGGUCACCAUGAGAACGGCGUGCUGAAGGCGGAGAAUGGAACGUCACCCAGACUGAAGAAGCUUAAAUCUCCUUAACCCCGCCCCCUUCUUCAGGCUGACUUCGGCACAAGGGACAAGAACAGGAACAGGACGCUGCUUCCUUUUCUCCGAUCUUCAGAGACUGAGGGUGGUUUGACAUUCUGUACAGGACCAUCAUAUUUAUAUCAGCACCCUUAAAAGACCAUGAUCUUUUCUUAUCAUUCAUUUCAACAUCAUUAUCAGUAUUUUGUGUUGUUUUGUUUUUUUUAAAUCAUCAUUGCAUUCUUUUUUUUUUUUUUUUCAUUUCUUUUUCAUUCCCUCCACCCAUCAAGCCAUGAUUGCCUUCAAUAUGUUUUCUCAAUCAGUACUGUAUCACUGGCCUGUUCUGGGGAGGUGCUAAAAGGCGCUUAAGUGGCCUAGGAAGGACCCCCAGCGUAUAGGUCAGCCCAGUGUGUGAAUACUUCAGCAAUAGUGGGAUCAAAAAAUUACAUUUAAACAGUUUUCCUUUUAACCCAUUCGGACAAGAUUCUAGUUUUCUAGUUCUGCUUUAGUCAGUGAUCAUGAACAAGCAAUGUGUUCUACAGUGUCAGAAACCUUUUGAUCAAGUUAGUAAGGAUUUAAGCAGCGUGAACAAGAUCUGUAGUUUUUUGUGGACAUAUUUGUGGGUGUCAGUAUAUACAAAAGCGGUUGCUAACCUUUUUUAUUAUAUAUUUUUUUUUUAAAUCAUGGGAAGCAAAAAAGCCAUCUGUGAGUUCUAAUUCACCUUUUUUCCAGCUGCCAAUGCAGCAUUACCAAGUAGCUCGGAGAAAAGCGCAGCGUCUCAGCUCCGAUACAUCAGCUAACAGACGUCUGUGCUGACCGACAUCACCCUAAGUGUGAUGUAGAAAGAGGGCGCCAUCUACUCACCCAGAGAAAGCAUGACCAAUUAAAUUGUGCUCUCUCGGAAUCCGGCUGCUGAUGGCAAACAGCUUUGCCUGAGAUUCAAACCAGCCUUCUUCUAAUCUAAAGAGUGAUGCUUGUUAAUGGGCUCUAAGUUUUCUUUACUGAUUAGAUUACUGGUUAGGUUGUAGCUUAAAUAACUACAGAAGCAAAAUUCAUACCUUGGCUCACUGACUACAUCCAGGGUAAUGGAGAGAAAACUGUGUAAAUGUUAAAUUUGUGCCAAACUAUUGCUAUAAAAACAAAGGGCCGAUUCUCAAAAGCUGCAUAUCCUGGGUUUGUCCCAGCCAUGUUCUCUGCCUUUGUCUGUAACUUUUUUUGCAACAGGAUUUGAAGGUCGCAGUUAUAGAGCGAGCAGGUGUGAGACACGAUUUGCUGAUUUCCACUAGAGGCAGACCUAUAUAUAUCAUUUGGUGGAUAAUCUAAGACUAGAUUGAUAAACUAUACUAUUACUGCUAUCAGCAAGGGAAACAAGAAACUAGAGACCCCCUUUUUUUAAAGCUAAUAUUCAUAGUCAUUAGUCUCAAAAUCAGCCAAGCCCCUUCGCAUUGCUGCAAGUGCAGUACUGUGCAGAUGUCUUGGUCAGAUACAAAAGUGCUUAAAAAAUAUUUGACUCUAACAUGCAUUUUUCAGAUGCAUAUGACUAAACAAAUAAACAAUAAUGGUGGAAAAAGAACUAAAAAAAAAAAAAAAACUCAGUUUUUGGUCAGUAAAGGCAUUGAUCUGUUAGUUAUGUUGGAAAAGCACAGGCUGGGUUCUGGAUUUCUCCAGACAUAAUAUGAAUGUUUUCUAUUCCUCCAGCAGCUUAUCUCAUUUACUUUAAUAAAAGACUGGAUGUGAUAAACUAGCUGUCAGAUGGGAGCUGUAAAUCUUGCCCUUAACAACAAAGUGCUUCUGGGAAAGUAAUCUCAGAUUAAUAGCUUUACAAGUGAUUGUCUAUUUGGCUUAAUAUUUUGCACAGUACUGUACAAUUAUCACAUAUACGGAACACGUUACAACUCAAUCCUGAUGUUCUAAAAUGUAUAAAAUUGUAUUUUUUCAGUAGUUUCAGCGUCAAACUGUUGGACUGGUCAGAUGUCAAUGGUUAAUGUGCUCAGAACUCACUAGGGUAUAUGUUAUGAUUUUAGAAUCCCAGUGCUUUUAUUAAAACCCUUGUCUUGAUUAUUAAUAGUUUGCUCUAGUUUGGAUUCGCUCUUGAUUAUCCUGUUGUGAAGGUAAAGGCAGACCGUAAGGCAAGAGUUUACAACCCCGUUAAAGGGCCAGUUUCUUAAAAACGCAAUCAGAUAUAGAACCACAAACCUCGAUGUUUGUUUACCCCUGCCGGCACUAUGAUAUUUUGUAUGUAAGUGUUUAAUAGAGCAAGUAUGUUUUGUUGUAGUGGUUAUGAACUGUAUAGAGUUUACUGUUUUAGGGCUUUAUGUUCUGCAUUUGAUUGAGGCCGUUGAUGAACACAACAGACACACACACACACACACUCAUGCCUGCAUGAACACACAUUGGCAGAGCUGUAAUGUCUGGUUGCACAGAUUCUGUAAUGUAUAACGGUUAAUGGAUUUUCUAUUACAGCGCUUUACAUGUUUGCAGAUUAUGUGAAUGUACGUGACAAUGCUUUAUAAAUAUUGAUCCUUUUUUGACAAA